AGCUAAGUACUUUUACGCCGUGUUCCAUUGGUACAGAGCCAUGGCAGACAAUGGAAGCUCUGUUGACGAUGAGAUCAGCAUAAAUAAUGACAAUCACCUUCCUCCCAUCCUCAUUCACCGCACCCCUCUAUUUCUUUUCCUCGAUUUGAUUAAUCUCUUGAAGAAACAUUUUCGCUUACUCGAUCCACACCAGUCUCCUCUUCCACUCCAAUCCUUCUACUCUCGCCAUGCUCACUCUGUACGCGCCCUCGUCGUUAUUGGCCUCUGCCCAGUUACCGAAGACACUCUUCGCCUCCUUCCUUCUCUCAAACUCGUCGUUGGGUGCUCAGCCGGCAUCGACCAUAUUGACUUGUCCGCGUGUCGCCUCCGAGGCAUCGCCGUCACCGACGCUGGCAAUGCCUUUUCUGAGGACGUUGCCGACUUAGCAGUCGCUAUGUUAUUCGGUGUUCUGCGACGAGUUUCGGCUGCCGAUAGGUAUGUCCGCUCCGGACUCUGGCCUUCCGUAGGAGAAUACCCACUUGGGUCUAAGAUAGGAGGGAAGAGAGUUGGGAUAGUGGGGCUAGGGAGAAUUGGCUUGGCGGUGGCAAAAAGGCUCUCUGCAUUCGGCUGUAGGAUCUCCUACAAUUCAAGAAAAGAGAAGCCAUCUAUGCCAUUCCCUUACUUCUCAAAUGCAUGUGAACUCGCAUCCGAAAAUGAUAUUCUUGUAGUAUGUUGCUCUCUAACAACUGAAACUCACCAUAUUGUAAGCAAAGAUGUUAUGAAGGCUCUUGGAAAGAAGGGCGUGAUCAUCAAUGUGGGGCGCGGGGGUCUUGUUGAUGAACAAGAAUUGGUUCAUUUUCUAAGCCGAGGAGAACUUGGUGGAGCUGGUCUUGAUGUGUUUGAGCACGAGCCUGAUGUGCCCAAAGAGCUGUAUGGUUUGGACAAUGUUGUUCUGUCUCCACAUUGUGCUGUUAUAACCGAAGCAUCCAUUGAAUCCUUGAACCAACUAGUCUUAGCCAACCUUAAGGCAUUCUUUUCAGAUAAGCCUUUGUUAUCUCCAGCCAGCUAGAACAAAAUAAUCUGUGAUUAUCCCAUUCAAUAUAUAAUUCUCCAUGUACACUGUCAUCUCUUAUUGACAGCGUGCAGAUGUUAUAUAUAUGUAUAUGCAUAUAUAUAUAUAUGUACUGUCUUCUUAUUUUUAGAUUUGUGCUUAUAUUUUGGACAAAUCCCAUUUAUAAUUUAGUUUGCUUAGUAUGUAACUCAAGUUAUGAUUUGCUGUUGUUAUUGAGUGUGGCACAACAGACUGUAACAAAUUAUUUCCACUGUAAUUUUAUUUUGGAUUACUUUUCCAAAAGAGAUAAUAUCAUUAAUUUCAGCUCUCA